UGUGUUUUGCUUCCAGUGGUAAAGAGCUCUGACGGUGCGCGCACUUGUAUCGGGCUCCAGGCGAUCGAUACUCCGAAGUGUGAGUUGUGUUUUAGGAGAGAAAGAACGUAUUGGUUAACGAUCUGCAUCGCUGUUGGUCAGUGCUAGGACCUGGCCUUUCAGCCAUGAUAGUAUGUCCCGUGUUGUAGUUGAAGGGACUGUGUCACUGUAGUGAGCUAUUCUUACAUGGAACAAGCGGAGUACAUUUCAUUAAUGUUAUUUAAAAUGUGAUCAAACAUGGAGGAGCAGUCUAUCUGUAUCCUGUUGAUUUCUGUUUUACUUGCCUGUACAAUCAUAGAUGUUGAAGCCAUUGGUUGUUUUGUUUGUACUUCCAUCAACCACAAAGAACCAGAAUGUGAAGACAUGUUCAACAACACUGGAAAAUAUUAUCAAGAUUCCUGCUGGGCACCUCGCAAAGGAAGAAUCGGAAAAUUUCCAGGGACCAAAUGUAUCAAGAUGAUUGCAGAGGACGAAUCCACCAAGUACUCAGUUGUGGUUCGUGACUGUGUGGUUGAUGAUGGGGGAACUAAUUCAGAGACAGAAAUCGGAAGACAGAGCCACUGUGGCUGGAUGCGUGUACUCAAAUUCAACGACAAGACAUUACGAGGAUGUAUUCUCAACUGUGAUAAAGAUGCAUGUAACCAUGGGAACAGAGUUGAAACAGAUCUCAUUUUGUCACUUGUGGCUGCUGUGACAUUAUUAAUAUUGUUCACAAAAAGACUUUCAUGACAAGUUCAAGAGCAGACACAGAGGAAAUGUAGACCAAAAAUAAUAGUUUGCCGAUCAAGCUAAAAUCUUGUAGGGAGCUGAAUUCUAUUUACUAACAUUAUUAUUAUUGAUAAUGCAUUUAUAGUGAUUAAAUUGAUGAACACUAUUUUAAAAGCACAAUGAUGCAUCAAUCAUCUUGAUUUGUCCAGGUAGCCAUAGUCACCCCUAGGGCUAAAACAAUAAUAUAUAUUUUUUCUUUGUUUUUUAAUCGCAAUGUGAAAUUAUUCAAACCUAUAGAUGUGUAUGAUUAGGCUUUAUUGUAAUAAAUUCUUCUACAAAUUGAAUUAACUUAUUUGUUUAGCGAUAGGAAAUAAAGCAAAACGUUUCCAAACAUUUUUUUUUAUAUAAAUUGUUAUUUUAAACUACUUAAUACUAGUCCAUUAUUUUAUUGCCAAUUUAAGUAUAAAUAUUAUUUUAGAGUUACAUAUUACAAUGGUUUUCCUCUUCUAUUGUUAUUAAAAGGACUUUCUUUAUUUAAAAAAAAAUAUGUUACUCAUUAUUAAAACUAAAGCAUUUUUAAAUCUUGUCAAAAUAAUGGUAUUUUGUAACUUUCUACAAAAUUAUAUUUUUUAAUCCUUUUGAAUUGAGAUUUUUUAAUUAACUAAUUGCUCUUCAAAAAUAAGAAACUUUGCAUUACAUAAAUUUGUAUAUCAUACUUUUAAUAUUGCACUAUAAGUAGUUAGCAUUUUUUUUCUUGUACUUCAUACAUUUAUCUAUUUUCUAUUAAUGGGUAACAAGUGCUUGAAUGAAACAAAUUUCAUGACUGUCUUUAGACAGAUGGCUCUGAGUGACUAAGGUGUUUUACACUUGAACUGAAUAACAUGUAUUUUUUAUUUCUUGUUUUGUCUUCACAGGAUUUGAUGGAUAAUCUUCACUUCAUACUAUUUUAUAAAAUGCUAAUAAUUUUUGUAUUAAAGCUGGUUGACAUGUAACAUAAGAAUGUUGGUAAAAACUGUGAGCUUUGAAAACAUGUAAUUGUAUAUCUUAUAGAUAUCUUACAAUCUAAAAGAUUCCUUGAAAAAAAACAAAGAAUUUGUCACCAUGCAAUAAUUU